AUGACGGACGAGGGAAUUACGAGCGGCCGCGCGACGCCGCAGCCUCAGCAGCAGCAGCAGCAGCAGCAGGCUCAAGCCGCCGACAUGACGAAGCGUUCCAAGUCGUACACUGUCGUCAUUAAGCUCGGCACGAGCUCCAUUGUGGACGAAAAGACGCAUGAGCCGCUGCUGCCCAUUCUGACGCUCAUCGUCGACACGGCUUGCAAGCUGCGCAAAGAUGGCCACAGGGUCGUCAUCGUCUCCUCUGGAGCUAUUGGCGUUGGCUUGCGCCGCAUGGACGUUGACAAGCGGCCAAAGCAUCUGGCACAGCUGCAGGCUCUGGCCGCAAUAGGCCAAUGCCGCCUCAUCGGCCUCUGGGACAGUCUGUUUGCCCACAUGGCACAGCCCGUUGCUCAGAUCCUGUUGACCAGGAAUGACAUUGCCGACCGAACCCGCUACCUAAAUGCUCAAAAUACAUUCAACCAGCUCAUGGACAUGGGUGUCAUUCCCAUUGUCAACGAAAACGAUACCUUGGCCGUUUCUGAAAUUAAGUUUGGCGACAACGAUACCCUCUCUGCGAUCACGGCCGCCAUGAUCCACGCAGACAUGCUUUUCCUCAUGACCGACGUCGACUGCCUCUACGACAAGAACCCCCGGACUCACCCCGACGCACGCCCCAUUGAGAUUGUGGAUGACAUAAAUGCCCUUGAGGCUGAUGUCUCAAGUGCCGGCUCAGCCCUGGGGACGGGCGGCAUGGGCACCAAGAUUGUCGCUGCAAGGCUGGGCAUGCUGGCCGGUGUCACAACGAUAAUUACCCGGUCCUCCAAUCCGGGCAACAUCCUCGGGAUCGUCCGCUACCUCACCACCCCCCGAACCCCCAGCAGCAGCACGUCAUCCGAGUCUGGUGACCAUGCUGCAGACCACAUCACGCAGAAGACGGUCUCAUUGAACCUGUCGGAUGCAUCGACGCACUUUGAUGAGACCGAGGCUCCUCCCCUGCACACGCGGUUCCUGCCGUCGAGUGAUCCCAUCCAGGAUCGCUACUUCUGGCUCCUGCACACCCCCAACCCGCAUGGCACCGUGUACAUUGAUGCCGGCUGCCACCGGGCCCUGAUUGACAAGGCAGGCCUGCUUCCCGUCGGCGUCGUCGACGUCGAGGGCCACUUCGCCCAGUCGGAGGUUGUCCGCCUGGUCGUCGUGGAGAGGCGCGCUUCGUCCCCUGGACCUGAUGGAAAGCGCUGGGAGGGCUUCGCCCAGGAGGUUGGCCGCAUCAUAGUCAACUACGCCGCCGCCGAGAUCUCCAUGAUUAUGGGACAUAAGAGCUCCCAGAUCGAGAGCAUUCUCGGCUACGCAGACAGCGAGUACGUCGCCGACCGGUCGCAUAUUGGCUUCUUCAGGCCAGAGAGCCGACCAGUCACGCCGAUCCGGGAUUUGAGUUAA